AUGGACCGCCUUCGUCAGCCCCGAGUAGGUGUGCAGCAGGAGAAGGCGUCAGGUGUCCAAGCUCCCCAUGCUUCAGCCUUGCCAGUUGACGCGCCGCCUCCACCUCCACCUCUGCCUCUGCCUCCGCCUCCGCCUCGCCCUCGUGUCCCUGCUCCUGCUCGUGCUCCUACUCCUCGCAGCGUCUCCUCCCUCUCGACCGUUCCAAUUCCCCACGUCACUAUGACCAUUGACUCCAUCGUCACCGACCCAGCCCUCCGCUCAUUCCUCCAGACGUCGCAGCAUGCCCGCGAGCAGGCCCUCGGUCUGGCCGACCGCCUCGCUGCUAUCUCCGCUCCCUUGACCACCGAGCAGCAAAUCAGCCUCUCCAAGGAGCAGAAGCUGCUCAACACCAACCUGUCUCACCUUCGUGGCCUGCACCGUGCCGCCUACCUCGCCGCCCGCGACACGAAGGCACAGACUGCCGACGCCCGUCACGAGGUCGACGUCCUGCACCUGCAGCUACAGAACCUGUACUAUGAGCAGCGCCACCUCGAAGGCGAGAUCGCCGCUUGCGAGACCCACGACCACGAGUAUCAGAAGCUACCCUUGGCCCCUGUCGAUGAGUUCCUAGCAAAGCACCCUGAACACUCCGACUCUGACGAGAAUGCGCUCAUGAUCGCCCGCAUAGAGGACGAGCGCGCCGAGCGGGAGGCUCUUGAGCAGCAGCGCCAGGAGCUGCUCAAGAGGAAGCAGAAGCUCAUCGCCGAGAAUAAGAAGCGCAGGGAGGACCUGGCCAAUUUGGACAAUGACCUGGAGAAAUUCAUCGAUGCCGCCAAGCCGAUCCAGAAGACUUUUGAGAAGGUGGUCUGA